AUGCCUUUCAAUGAGAGGUGCUUAGAGCCUCAAAGCCCCUUAAGCAGUUCAUUAGAGAAAGAGCAGACCUGGUCGAUGCAGCGACCCACUGAGAUCUCACGGCGAAAACAAGAGGGCUUUGCCUUAAGAGGUGAAAAGCUCUACAGGAGGGUCAGUCAGGCAAGACUGAGCACGUGUUUAGUUUGAGUGAGGAGUAUUGCUGUGGAUAUGGUGCUGCUGUACGUGUUCCUCUUGCUCUCUUCAUGUCAUCAGAGCUUGACAGCUGUAUUGAACAUGCACAUCGAGCCAAGAAACCUGUUCGCAGAGAGAGCUUGUUGCAGACGCCAGAGUCACUUCAUCUACAUAGGGCAAGAUAUCUUAGGCAGUCCAGUGAAUGUGGAUGUAGGCAUGUGCCGGACAAACUGCGGCCAAGCACGGCCCUUAUCCUUUGAGGCUGGGAUGCAAGGCUACUUGUCCGUGCUGGACUUCUUGAGCGACAAAAAGAUGCGAACUCCAACAGUGCCCUCUCAUGAGUUCAUAGGCUUCAGAGAAAACCGUCCAUCAUGUGGCGCAACCAUGACCUGUGAACCCACUGGACUGCGUGUGGACAAAGUGAUGCUCAUGGAUGGCCUGCGUGAGGUUGAAAUCAUCGAAGACUGCCACUGCGAGGCCAAAGUGACUCGUUGUGUCCGAGCACCCUCUCUCAGAACAUACUACUUUGAAACACCUUACGAAACUGUUAUCGAUGUGGGCAAGUGUGUAGGAUCGAAAGGUGAACCGGAGGGCUUUUCCUGCAUGCCUACCAAGUUCGAUUCUGCUCUUGUGGACAAUCCGAAUAAAGUGGAGCUGAUUCAGACGGUGGCUGGCUGCGAUAUGAAAGAAGGCUGCUACAGAAUUCCUUACGUGGAAUAUCAUUACGAGAUCACAUAUACUGAAGACGGGCUCAAGGAUGAAAAACUAAAGGAAAUAGAUGUGGGGAGAUGUUUGGGAAGCUGCAACUCAGGAAACCGCUGUCUUCUCAGGAAUGCCUCUGACUCUGCUGAGUGCCUGCUGUGGGCAGAGGGACAGGGCAGCGCAUGUGUUCCACAAGGCUACAAGAGCCACACGUUUCUCAAUCAGCAUGGACGAAUCCGAACUGUGCUGGCCAUCACCUCGUGCCUCUGCCAGUCUUAA